CAACCUUGUAUCAGAUUAGAACGUUGCUAUCUAUCUGCCUGCCGCUUUUUUACGCCUGAAUAUUUAAAGUUGAAUUUGAAAGUUUUGUGAAGAUUGUAGGAAUCUCAUUGUCAGAAUAGAAAUGGAGACUGAUAACAGCAGUCUUGAAUGGAAUAUUCAUACUUUAAUGGUGUCAUUAUUUCAAGUCGCUUUCAGUGAAAUAGAAGCUAAUAUUGCGUCUAUUGCACAAACAGUUAAUUCUAACGAAACUGAAAUACCAUUGAAUAACAGAGAAGAAGAAAUAACAGACAACGAUGAACGUGCUGUUGUUUACAAAUCCGUCAGAGAUGCUGAAUACAAUAAACUUGUUGACGCAUACGCCAAAGAAAAGAUAAUCACAGAUGAGAAGGAGAGAAAUAGAAUAACAAGAGAACAAGAGAAAGAAGAGUCGCCUGAAGUCAUAUCAACCAAAGAUAUAACAGACGACGAUGAAUGUGCUGCUUUUUACAAAUCCGUCAGAGAUGCUGAAUACAAGAAACUUGUUGACGCAUAUGCCAGAGAAAAGAUGAUCAAACUAGAAGAAAAGGACAGAAAUAAGAUAGUAAGAGAACAAGAACAGAUAAAGAAACCAUUUGAAGAAUUCUGUAAACCAGCCACUGACCUUGAUUCACUACGGCAUGUUUUUCAGGAGACAAGAGACUAUAAAGAGAAGGCUUUGACUUCACAACAAGAACUGCAUCUUAAAGAGGAACAACUAGAGAUAAGACAACCAAGACCCUUCCUUUCACCGGCGAGAGAAGAAAGAAUAAACUCAUUUGUAAGAGAACAUCAUAACAAUGAUCAAAGCUUCCAAAGAACAGACACAUGGACUGUACCUAUCAACAAAGAACUGGACACAUCUGUAAUAAGGGAACCUGUUCCAAAUAAGAAGGGAUAUCUACAACGGAUAGUCAAUACAGUAUUUAAGAGAAGCAAGCCUUCAACAAAAGACACCAUUGAUAAACAGCUUGCUUUAAAGAAAGAACUUAAGUUAGAUUUGUCGACAUUAGAUGACGAAAUAGAAGAUGAAGAUAUACCAGACACAUCAAGGACAACAGACAGUGAAUGGUUCAGUAUUAGUUUAAGUGACACAGAAGAAACUCCAAGACCACAUUUAAGGCCAUUCUUUUCAUCAGUAUUAGAAGAAACACAUGUUUCAACGAUUACUAGUAAAACAAAAGAAUCUGCAAUAAAUAUAGAAGUUGACUUUCAAUCCAAACCUAACAGUGGAUUCACAAGCUUUCGACAGUGGUUCUGUCAACUAUUUUGUUGUCAUAGCAAACCUGAUGAAGAUUUUGAUCAUUGA